GAGGAGGAGGAGGGGAGCGGCGGAUGGGGGCGGCGGCCGGAGGCGCUGAGCGUUGAGCUAAGGCAGCCGCUGCAGCCAGUCGCCUCCCUCUGCCCCCGCUGGCUCCGGCAACCAUGAACAGGGGCGCCGCUUCUUGCCCUUCGUCCGUCCCCGGCGGCAGCGGCCACGGAGAGUGCCGGCGGGUCUGUAGCAACUGCCGGAAAGUGCUGAGGCAGGAAAAGAAAAUCAGAGUGUCUCUGCCUUUGACAAGAGGACCAAGUGCCUUUAUACCAGAAAAGGAAGUUAUCCAAGCCAACAGUUUGAAUGAACGCAUGCACCUGCUUGUGGAAGAAUAUUCUACAUCGGGCCGCCUAGACAACAUCACCCAGGUCAUGAGUUUACACACUCAAUACCUGGAGUCUUUCCUUCGCAGCCAGUUUUAUAUGUUGCGUAUGGACGGGCCUCUUCCUUUGCCCUACCGGCACUACAUUGCAAUCAUGGCUGCUGCCAGGCACCAGUGUUCCUACCUUAUAAACAUGCAUGUGGAUGAGUUUCUGAAGACUGGAGGGAUCCCAGAAUGGCUGAAUGGCUUGGAAUACGUUCCACAAAGACUGAAAAACCUGAAUGAAAUCAAUAAGCUUCUUGCACAUCGACCCUGGCUAGUUUCGAAAGAGCACAUUCAGAAACUUGUCAAGACGGGGGAAAAUAAUUGGUCUCUUCCGGAACUGGUGCAUGCUGUGGUCCUCUUGGCACACUACCAUGCCUUGGCAAGCUUUGUCUUUGGUAGUGGCAUCAAUCCAGAGAGAGAUCUUGAUACCUUGAACGGCUACAGGCUCAUAUCAGUUAACAAUUUCUGUGUCUGCGACCUUGCCAACGACAACAACAUCGAAAACGCGUCCCUCAUAAGUAACAACUUUGGGAUCUCAGAUUCUUUAAGUGAGCUGGAGGCCCUGAUGGACAGAAUGAAAAGACUGCAGGAGGAGAAGGAGGAUGAGGAGGCCUCUCAGGAAGAAAUGGAUACUCGCUUUGAAAAGGAAAAGACUGAGAGCCUCCUGGUUGUCACUGAAGCAUUUGAUGAUGAAAUAGUUUCCACAGCCGACGUUUCGCGCUACGUUGAAGAUCCUGGCUUUGGGUACAAAGACUUUGCCAGGCGGGGUGAGGAGCAUCUUCCAACUUUUCGAGCCCAGGACUAUACCUGGGAAAACCAUGGAUUCUCCCUUGUGAACAGGCUUUAUUCCGACAUUGGGCAUCUCCUGGAUGAGAAGUUCCGAAUGGUCUAUAGCCUCACGUACAACACUAUGGCCACGCAUGAAGAUGUUGACACAACCAUGUUAAGAAGAGCUUUAUUUAAUUAUGUUCACUGUAUGUUUGGAAUCAGGUAUGAUGACUACGAUUAUGGAGAAGUUAAUCAGUUACUUGAACGGAGCCUGAAGGUUUACAUUAAGACAGUGACCUGCUACCCAGAGCGAACUACCAAGCGCAUGUACGAUAGCUACUGGCGCCAGUUCAAGCACUCGGAGAAGGUCCAUGUGAACCUUCUCCUGAUGGAGGCGCGCAUGCAGGCGGAGCUUCUUUACGCCCUUCGUGCCAUUACGCGCCACUUGACCUGAAGCGCCGUUGCAAGCGGGUGAAGAAAGCUUCCAAACAGAUGUGCAGAAAGACCUGCCUGUGGUGUAGCAUCAGGUUAUUGGAUUCUUUAGUGUCAAAAGCUGAAGCCGCCUUCCUAGCGGUGGUUAACGUGCAAUGAUCUAUAUAUUCUCCCCUCCCCCCUGUUUUCUUGAUGCUUAACAUUACUAACGAUAGCAAAAAUAGCACUGAGGAACACUACUUCUUAAGUUGUUUCCAGUUGGAGUAUUGGUCGCAAACCCUAAAAAUGGUUUGUUAUAUUUGAUUCCUUUGCUAUUUCUUCUCGCACUCAGAAGAAAAACACUUGUUGGUGCAUCUUCUGAGGUUCUGUUUCUACCCACUUUUCCCUGCAAAUGGAAUCCAGAGCGGAGGGUUUUAUUUUUAUUUUCUCCUUUUAGUUCUUUCUAGAAUAUUAAUGCAGCUUUCCUGAAUCCAGUAUGUGCUGUGUUUAAACUGAAGUGCUCAACUGGCUUAUUCUUAGAAUUUUAGUAUUUUGGCAGUAGUUUGGAGGCUGUGUGAAAGCUGAUGAAACUAUUGUCUGCCUUUUUUUUAAUGUGAAAAGAACUGCUGCGAAUUCUGCAGCAUGCUACUGAGACACAGCAUUCAAAUGCUUUUUUUUUCUGAAUGAAGAGGGUUUUCUACCAUAUCCAUUUCAACUGUACAUAAUCAGUUCAGGGAUUGCAUUAUUCUGUGUUGCCUACAAUCACUCUUUCUGCUGACCCUAAUGAUGCUUGAAUGGUACUUACUGCCCAGCCAGAAAUCCAGUUUAACUUGGGAUAUCUGAACUUGUAGAAGUUUGACUUUAAGAGUUUUUUUAAAAAAAGUUUUGAAUCCCAGGUUCGUCCUUAACUGGUUCAUUGAUCUGGUGGUAAUGUGAUGCGUGCAAAUCCAGCACAUGCACACGCACAUGCUGUCUGAUCAAAGAAACAAAAAAGCAAUCUGCAGGAGCACAUUCUCUUAAAACUAUAAAGAGCUGCCUUGUGCUGAAAUCAGGCCACUGGUCUGUCUGUUCUGGUCCUCCAAAGUGGUGGGGAGAAGUCUUUCCCAGCCCUCUUACUUGAGAUGGUUUUAACUGGAGAUGGCAGGGAUUGAACCCAGGACCUUUCGCAUGCAGAGCAUGUCUUAGUCGCUUAGCUUGAUUCCCCCUCCCCUGAAAGCUUUGCUUGUACGACACUGUCUUUUACCGAGUCAGACUUGUCUGUUCUGACCAGCAGUGAUUCCUUGAGGUCUUGGGUCAAGAUCGUCCCUAACCUUUAACUCAAAGUCUCGGAGCCUGCACCUGGGACCCUUCUACACACAAAGAAUGUGCUUUGCCCCUGAGUUGCAGACUCUUUUUGCUCCACUGUCAUCCCCACCCCACCCCACUUUUUAAUUCAAGGGUAAUUAUAUCAGUGUUCAGCUUAAGCUUUGGGGAAAUGGAUUCCCGUCAAAUAUUUCCCCCUGAACUUCAGAACGCUCUGCAAUAUUUUCAAGCUAAGAAUCAUGUUUCUGUAUGUCGACAUGAGUGAACAAAAGAAGUGCAAUAUUGAGCAGAAGAGCGAGCCUUUCCUUGAUAUGAAGUCGCUGCUGAAAUGUCCCGUUCAACAUGGCUGCGGUGAAAAAUGGCUUCUCCUUCCCAAACUUUGGUAGCGUUUGCUGCGAACAAUCGGCUCCUACUCGAGCACCAAAGCGUUUGUUUGAUUGGAUGUCCCCAAGCCCUUCUACACCUUCCUUUUAGUGGGGGAGACCCCAUGCAAGCUCCAUAGAAAUGAAUGGAGGAGGUGCCAGAGCAGUGCUGGGCAGGUUGGCAGAUGCCAUUGUUGGGAAAGAGAAGUGAGCAGCCAAGAGAGUCCUGCCCUUGCAUUGCUUGACUACGCUGAUUACUUUUCCCCUUCAGGGCACAAAUGUCUUGGUUUUUAGAGCUUUACCUUCUUGCAUUAAUGAUCCAGUGAAGUGCCUAGAGAGAGGCCAGAAAGACAAGACAGAGACUUUCACGUGACUGGCUUGCUUCAGGAAAAGCUAGUCUCAACUGAGUCCCCUUGAAAUCAACACUGCUUAGGCCCAGCAGGGCUUGGAGAUCACCCCUUUGUGUCUCAUUGCCAGUAUUUGGGAUCCAGGAAAGGAACCUUAACUUGCCCUCAAGCCUUUUGGGUAGUCUAUAAAGCGAUAUAAGCCCCCGUCUUUUCCUCUCUCUUUAAUUUUUACAAGACUCAGUUGUGACUAACUUCUGCUGAAUCAAGAUUGAUGUGAGAUUUUGUGUCCCCCUUAAUAUUUAUUUUUGCCUGCUUUUAUACACAUUGGAAAUGAAUGAGAUGGACCUUCAUUCCAGUAGGCUGUAGAAAGCUAUAUAGAAUAAGCUUGUACAUUGAAGACUUCCGCCAUGGUUUCUUUCAUGAGAGCAAUUUUGGAAAGUAAAAAAAGAGGGGGUAGAGGAACUGAAGUUUGGAUGUGGUUAUUUUGUUGGGUUUAUUUUAUUUUUAUUUUAUUUAAAAAAAAUCUUGAUCCUUCUCUCUUCCCCCGUCCGGAUAAUGGCUGUGACGUUGUGUGAUUGUCCUGCAACAAACACACACACACACACACACACACCUUGGCUGCUGAAAAAAUUGUUUGUUGCUUUGAAGAGACGUAACCUUCUGCGCUUGGAAUCGCAGGCUGUUUUGACAUAGAAACUCUCUCCCAGACGAUAUUGACACUACAGAUUCAUAUUGGUUGCAUGUGUUGCUCCUCCUAAAGAAGUCUGGGAAUUGCAGUUUGGAAAUAGUGCUGAGGGGUUUCUCUUGAAAGACACUCCCCCCCCCCCCACACACACACACUUCCCAAACUAGUUCAGCUUCCCAGGAAACUGUUGAAACCUGUUGGAGUCAGUAGUGUGUCUAUAUGUCCUUGGAAGGAAAGGACUACAUUGAUGACAAGUUAUUGAAUGAGCGACGCAUUGCUGCCGAGGAUGAAUGGUAGCUCACUGCUCUGUCUGUGCAUGUGAGAAACCGGGAGGGGUGUGUGUGUGUGUGUGUUUUAAAAAGCCGAAGCAAAAUCCAGCCAAAGUUAAGCAUUUUGAAGGAUGGUGUUGGAUUUAACAAGCGCAUUCAGCCACCUGCAUCUGCGGUCUGCAAAGGGGAUGGGCUGUGCAAACUCUGCCUGCAACUUACCUUUAUGGGUUGUGUUUGGCCUGACGCCAUUGCAGAAGCUGGAAGUGCACUGCCCUGACACCUAGAGGUUAUGUCCUGUCCAAAGCCGGGUUGAUUUCGGUGGAAGAGUUUGAGGGCUCCCUUGGAGACUCCCUGGGACUUUUAAGACGCUUAACCCUGACUGGAUUUGAAUUGCAGCGAGGUGCUGACAGGUCUCCACCAAACACCUCCCUGGUGAUUGUGGGAGGGGGAAGGAGCAACUUCUGCCAGUGGAAAGAAAGGCUCCCCCUGCACCCCCUUCCUUCCUUCCUUCCUUCCUUCCUUCCUUCCUUCCUUCCUUCCUUCCUUCCUUCCUUCCUUCCUUCCUUCCUCCCUUUGCUGUUGUUCCAUGCACUCGUUUGCAGGUUGCAGAGAAAAGCCAGGCAGGGCAUGGAUGCAGGGAAAUCGGCAGGGGAAGGACUGAGCCCUCUGGCCCCACGGCUCUUCAGAUAUAACAUCUGUCUUCACAUUUAGAGGUAGAGACAUAAACAGACUUUGUAUGUAACUGUAAGAGCUUAAAUGUUUUCUUCAGAGCAGUCGUGGCUUUUCUUCUUAACAGGGAGGCUGGUGUUCCAAUUGCAGAAGCAUUAGUGCCUUUUCUUGUAGACUUUUUUUUAUUUUUCAAACUAAAUCGUCAUCUCAGUGAGAGGCAAUUAGAUUUUAAAUCAAUAAGACUGUUUGUUUCUCUCUCUCUCUCUCUCUCCCCACCCCUUUUUGUGAAAUAUAUAUAAAGUGAAUCCAUUAACAGGAGCGUAAACUUGAUUUCACAUGAUUUCAGACCUACAUGUGGUAUCCAAGGUUGGGACCUGCUGUUUUGAAAACCAGUUUGUGUUUUUUCCUUAGAAAUAGAAUGGCAAACUUGAAUGUUAACAAAAUGUUUCAAGGUGAUGAUGUUUGAUUCAGAGUAGACAUUUUAUGUGGUCAUGAUCUGGUGCAUAGCUUUAUAUACUCAAAUGUGAUGGGGUUGUGUGUGUGUGUGUACAUGUACAUGUGUGUGGUUUGUGUGUUUUUAAAUGCUGACGUUCAGAGUAGGCAUCCAAGUGAAUAUGAUUGUACUUCUUUGCUUGAUAUAUACCCCUUAAGCUCACAGAUGUGCCAAAUUUAAAAUGUGCAAAAUCUAUUUUUUUAUAAAAUAGCACAUGUGAAUGAAUCGUCAAACUUCAUGGAUGUCAAAAAUGUAUAUCAUUUCUUUCGUAGUGUAGGCAUAGUUGGGGGGUUGUUUUCCAUUUUCGUUUUGCUUUUUCUAGUAUGGCUUUGGAUUACGUGACAGCAACUGGCACCCUUGGGCCAAAAUCUGUCCUAGUCAUCAACCAAGGGGCAAAAGAGUGUCAUAGGCUGCAGCCAUUGGUAGCAGCAGAACUCAGCGGCAAGGGAGUCCCCCCAGCAGGCUCUGUGGAUUAUAUGGCAGGAUAGAAAUCCCCAAAGUGAGGGCGGUGGGAGGUGGGACUCAGGCUGCCACUUAGCGCAUUAAAAGGCCCCUCUGGUAUUUUUGUGGUUGUGGUUGCAAAAAUAAAAUAUGGCUGCUUCAAGAUCUUGUGUCAAGGCCUCUCCCCACCCCUCCUUUUUUUGGUGGGGGGGAAAAGGAAAACUGCAUCACAUUUAUUUGGGGUGGGAGACAGAUGGGCACCCAUAGGUGGAAUUGCACAUACUUUGUAGAGAGAGAGAGACAGAAGUUUCAAACAUGAGCCUGCAAGUUCAGAUGCAGGAAAUAGGUAUGUGUGUGGAAAUUCCAGAUUCUAGCCCCAGUAAAGAAACAAUGCAUGCAUAAAUAAACAAACAAAUAAACAAAUAAAUAAAUAAAUAAAUAAAUAAAUAAAGGCAUAUUGGUCAUGGGCAGGGGAUCAGGUCAUUACUGCCCAGUUCCAGGUUAUGUUUACUCUGAAGUAAGUCCCACUGUGUUCAGAUGCCCUAAUCAAUUCACAGGACUGGCUUGCUUAAAUAGUUUGGCGUUUGGUGUGCAGAGGGCCUCUGAUUUGCAGUAGCCGCCAGGCUCAAAACCAAAUGUUCUGUGAUUUGACGUUAACCAAACAGGUUUCUAGGUUCCCUGCAUAUUCGGCCUUCCCUCUGCAAGCGCCGACACACAUAGCAUGGUUGCUACUUGGAAUUUUGCCCAAGGCUGAUUUGAGGGUCUGGUAGGUCAUUAGAACUCCGCCCUCCCCAAAUCUCAUGCCCUGCACUGGGGUGCAGCUGUUCAUCUGUGUCUUAAUGUUGUUGGAAGGCGGUUGAAUGAUACCUUUCUUGGCUGCUAGUGCCAAUCCACCCUUCUCAACUGAGCCUGCUUCAGUCGGUCAUUGCUAAGUAGCUGGUGCCACUGUGUGAAUAGGAUGCUGGACUAGAUGGGCAUUGGAGAGAUGCAGCAGGGCUAUUUGUAGACUGCCCAGCUAGUGUGUGAAAUCCCUUAAACCAUGAUGGGGUACACACUUAACACUCCCUCCAUUGAGGAAGGCAUGUACAAACCUCCUGACCAGAUUUGUCAAAUGAGUAUGGUACUUUGGGUCGUCUUCUUUGGCGAUCACUCGUAGCCGAUUAAGAUUGCCUCGGGUAACAUACUAUUGGAAAUUUGCUUGCUUAAACUGGCCUUCCAGAACUGGCCCAUCUUAGUUAAGAGGAUGAAAUUCCAACUGGCUUUGAACCUUCUUGCCCCCACCCCCCUCAAAAGAACCAUUCGGUUUUUUUGAUAUCCCUUUUUGCAAAACUGCCGACAUUUUAAAAGAGUGCUUCUUUUGCUAGUAAGCGAAGCGUUCUUUGCACAAAUAAAACAGAAGAUUGGGCCUGCAUUAUAAAAGGGGCACAGAGUCCCAUCAUACGAAGAGAGAUUUCAACACAAACAUUAGCUGAACGGCAUGGGCCAUUUUUAAUGGAGGUUUCUGUCAGAAUGCUGCUGUUUGUGUUGGAUCUGUGGUAUUUUGGGCUCUGCUUUCUACAGCGCCAAAUAAAUUUUAAAAGUUUCACAUUUCCCCCACAAACCUCUUCUAGAUUUGUAUGCUCUCAGGUCUAUGCUUCAAAAGGUGGAGCAUGGUCAAAAGGUGCACAUCUUAUGAGACGGGAAUAAUAGAAAUCAGAAUUGGGGUGUGGAUUUCCCUCUGUAAUUGGAGUGGCAGGACUAAAUGAAGAGGGUGCCAGACACCAGACACAGAUGUUUGUUACAAAGCAAGGAAAACCACAAGUGGACGUGGGGGUUUUUUUGUAUGCUUGCUUUAGGCACAAGCUCCACAACCCUUAAGGCGCUUCCAGGACGCCUGUUUGUUGAGCAUUCAUUCUGAUUUGUCUGCAGGGAAGUUAGAUGACUAUUGUGUCACAGCAAGAGUUAUCCCAUGCUUACCAGUGCAUUUCUCUGCCCCUUCAGUUAUUGCAAAAAAAUAAAAAUAAAAAUCUGAUCCUUUUGGGAAGCGGGUUUGUUGGACAAGAGCUCUCGAUAAACUUCAUGAAUUUGCCAGCCUGUGAUUUGAGUCCCACCUGAAAAUAACAGCCGUCUUGAAACGCCUCCCCUAUGGCUUCUCUGAAAUAAACACUUUCCAAAUUGAGGCCUUCAUUUUCUUAAAUAAUGACCCUCUGUAUAAAUUUGGUCACAAAUGGGGAUCCAGAGGAAGGCAUAUGUACUUACCUAAAAUUCUUUUUAGUUAUUUUAUUCUGCUUUUUAUUCUGCUCCCCAACAGCCUCCCAUCCAAAGGAAUGAUCUGCUUAGCUGCAGCAGUUCAGCAGCCUCCUAUGCCCCCAGGCAACAUCCAGGAGACCUUGCCUUUUAAAUUAUUGUGGAGCUUGGGAAAUAAAUGAAUAAAACUUGCAGAGGCAGUAGAAACCUCAGCUAUAUCGGUAUCCUGCUCCACGCUAUUUUGUCUGAAAUGCCAGACCUCUCCCCUCCUUUCCCCUUAAUUCUCGCUUCUGAGCUCACAGUAGAAAGGAGCUCUGUUUAAAGAGGUACUCAAUUUAACUGAGGGUACAUACAGAAGACUGAGAUACCAAAGCUAUGGGCUGACCAGCCAACCAUACAAGGGUAGGAUCCAGCCCCCAAAGCACCUUUUCCUACUCCCCCCCCCUUGGUAGCCCUAUCAAAUAAAUUCUGAUCAACUUGGGGGUCAGAUGUUUCUCUGUAGUUUCGCUUAGACGGCAGCAAAGCAAUUGAGUGUCCACCUAGCAUUCUGCAUAGAUUCUCUUGGACUUGUUGCUUGCACAUUCCAUCGGCAGCCUGAAUGACCAUCUCGGCACACAUGGGCCAUCUUAAAAUAUUUUGUUCAGUGGCAGUGGUACUGAGUGUUCUGGCUCCCAGUUAAUGCCUCCAGACUAUAGAGACUCGUAAGCUGGCCACCCCCUGGUUUACAUAAUCCUUUAGUCCAUGCAUGGGGUUCUCUAGGGUAAAAACCAAAAUGGUACCUGAACAAAUGCAGGGUAGCCAAGCGAAUUGACCUUUUCUUUUCUUAGUUAGAAGUCCUAUAUGUAGCAUGCUGUGAAUGUCUUACCUGGUCUCUGCAAAAUAAUCAGUAUUGAUGUUACUUUAAUUAUUUCGGCUUCUUUUUUCUUUUCUUUUUUUGACACCCCCACCCUCCUUUUAAAUGUAGUGUCUUUCUAGAAGCUGUGAUAGGCCUUUGUGGUCCUUGACUUUGUUACUGUAAUUUCUUUUUUUUAAAAAAAAAAAGUUUGUGAAAUGUAGGGCUAACCGAAGUGGGAUAGUCCAAUCCUUCAAGGUUGCCCAUUUUCAGUUUGUUCGUUCUACAUUAUGGCUGUACGUAGAAUAAGCUUAUUGAUGAUGCAAUUUAGGAUUCGCACAGCUUUUUUUUUAUUUUUACGUCUACAUGUAUGAAUUUUGUACGUGUGUACUGCGGGAGUGGGGAGAGAAGGGUGAUGUGUUUUAUAUAGACUUAAGCUUUUUCAGUUUAUUUCUUUUCCCUUUUGUAAAGUAACUGACUCGGUAAAAUCCAUAGCCACUUAGGACUGUCCAUGCUGAACAGACCUUGCUGUAGAGGCAAGAUCACGUUUUUUGUAAGUUUCAAAUAGUGACUCUCCCCCCGCCCCCCAAACAUACCUGGGGAAACAAGGUCAUUUUGCACCAUGCUGAAUGCCACGAGGGGAAAGGUUGUUUCGAAACUAAGUGAGUCAAGUGCUAGCUCUUGAGUGGAUGUGUUAUGGGGGAAUGGAAAAGUCUUUGUGAAUGGAGGCGAUGGCCCCCCGUGAUCACCCAGGAAGAACCACCAUAGAGGUCUGAAACUAGAUGGGCCAACAAGGCAGUCCUAACCAAGGCUGAGCUCCACAAGAAGGUGCCAGGCCCAUUUCCCUUGCCGUCAAGGGAUGCAGUUAGCCAAAGACUAUCCCGGGAGGGAGAAGGAGUAGGUCAGAAACUCCAAGGGCGGCAGCAACGGACCCGACAUGUUUGUGAGAGCUUUCCUUGUGCAGAGAAGCUGGCUAAAACAAAUACGCUCUUUCCUUAAGAGUGUAUGCAACUCAAGCGGCUAUUGGUUGCCUACGGCUGGGCUGUGCCAUCUUGGCGACAAGGAGUUUAACGGGACUGUAGGGUGGUGGGGUGAGAAGAGGCUAACAGCGUAUAUGUCCAGGAGAACUUUUCCUCUGUUAUCUCAGGACAAGUGCAGGAUAAAGCUCCUCUGGAGCAACAAAGCAUUUCCUACACCCCAGAAAUACUUAACUCCAGGAAUAGCUGGAGCGCUUGGGUGAACCCUAGACACUGCCCACACCCUCAGGGUGCAAACCCAUACCCAACAUGGGAGUUAUCCCCACUGAGCUCACUGGGGACUUAGCUAUGAGUAGACAGGUCUAGAGUUGCACCGCGUGUGUGUCUCUUGCUGCGGCCGUGUCGAUUUAGAACUUCUUGCGGACAGAACCCAGAGUUCAGCUGGCAUUUUUCUGACAUACGUGGUUAUUGGACAAGCCUAUCCAACUGGAUCUGUUUGUGUGACUCUUUUUCUUUCUGUUAAGCUUUUAGUUAACGCAACUUGAAUUGUAUCUGAACAGAUGCGGAAGGAAAUUUUUAGCGAGCUGAGACAAAAAGAAAAAAAACACACCAUAUUUUUCAAUAAA